GCAUCGGAAUAAAGUGCGCAGGCAGUGCAACGAUUAUCACGUUCGCAGGCCUCUAAAGUGAUGUAAAUAACACAUAAACUGUAAAACAUCGUAAAUAAAUACGUCGGCACGUAACAAAUAUCAUCUGCCGUAGUUGUAAAGGACUCGGAGCCGCAGUGUGAUCGUUCACAACACCAUAGCAACGGUUCAGUGAGAAACGACGACACAAGUGACGGUCGCGUCCUGAUACAAUGAAUCCGUGAUAAAACAUCAAAAUAAAUAAACUUUGGAGUUGAUAGAGACAUUUUGUUUCCCGGAGUGCCACAACUCGAGGGCCUUCGUGUAUUGGAUGAACAGAAAGAGGGUGGCGGGUAUCGAGAGAGCGCGCGCGGCGCGGGGCGAGGGCGCGCGCGGCAGGUGACCGGCGGUCUGCGCGGCCGAUGUGGGCAGCGGGUGGGUGCUGCUCCCGACAGGCAGCUAGCAGGCACUCAUGCGUGACGGAGUGACUAACCGUGGCGCGGUGGCAGGCGACGCGGGCGGCGGGCCGGCCGCGCGGGCGCCGGUCAAGACCUUCCAGGCAUACCUGCCGCCGGCCCACCGCACCUACAGCUGCAUCCACUGCCGCGCGCAUCUGGCCAGCCAUGACGAGCUUAUAUCUAAGUCGUUCCAAGGCAGCCAGGGGCGCGCAUAUCUCUUCAAUUCAGUUGUGAACGUGGGCUGUGGGCCGGCGGAGGAGCGCGUGCUUCUGACGGGCUUGCACGCGGUGGCGGACAUCUACUGCGAGUGCUGCAAGACCAUGCUCGGCUGGAAAUAUGAGCACGCGUUCGAGUCCAGCCAGAAAUACAAGGAGGGGAAAUUCAUAAUAGAACUGGCUCACAUGGUGAAAGAGAACGGGUGGGACUAGGCCCGGGAGCCGCCACCGGGGCCCGCCGGGGCCCGGGCCCCGGUGGCCGCGGCGCCAGGCCGGCCCGGACAUGGCACGAGCCUAGUGGACUAAAGUGCUGUUGUGUGAUAGACUGGUCGUGGGAAACCUACGCGUGACGCCUGACAAUUCCGUGCGCCUUAACCCGCGGGGUCAGGUCGGACGGACUGAUAUGCACCAUGAGUGUUCCUUCUCGGCUUAAUAAAGGGGCUAUGCGACACUAGGAUGGGCUCCCGUCGACGAGCGGAGCCCUCGUGAUGAUGUGGCAGGCGAGUUGAACCGUGAAGCUCGCCUAUGAGGUCCUGAUUCCGGCGCUUUGCGUCCCUCGGCCGACGUCGCCCGAUGUCACCCGAGACAUGCAAACGUGCAACGAUCACGUCACGAUAGCGUUUAAUGGUGAGCCUCAGCACGAAGACGACUAUUUUUAUCACACUAAUAUUAUUAUUGAAACGCUGAAACUCACCAUUUCACGACGACGCGUCUGAAAAGCCGCUACAACUGUAAAGGUAUCUGUUGGAGAACAUUGAUCAAGAUUGUUCGAUAUGUAAUAAUUAAAUUUCUUAGUGAUUGUGUGCCCCAGCUUUGCAUGUAGCUCGGAGGUUUACGAAGCUUAAGACGCGUGUAGAAUUUGUGGUGUAGCGUAUCUUGAUCAACAAGAUCUUUGACAUUUACCUGUGGGUUUGAACGAGACGCUUACCUUCGAUCAUUGG